AUGUCCGAACAACCGCAGCCGCGCCUCGCAUGCGCUCGUGAGCGCGAAGAGCUCAUCCAGUGUGUCAUCAGGACUGACUGCGUUCUCAAGAAGGGAAAGACACCCGCAGACUGCAUCAAGCAGUCCAAGGACGAGCUGCCGCUGCUUUGCCAGCACCUGCUGCUGAGCUACGCCGACUGCAAGAAGGGCAUGCUCGACAUGCGCCGCCGGUUCCGUGGUAACCAUCUGAGCGAGGAGGCCAAGCGCGAGACCAGCGGCAAGCCCGACUCUGCCCUUGGCGCAUAG